CACCUAAAUAUCGAAAUUGAAAAAUCAUAUCGUAGAUCUUCUUCAUCUCUCCGUCCUCUGCGUCGUCUUCUUCUUCUCGACGCCGAAAGAGAGAGAGAGAGAGAGAGAGAAAACAACGAGCGACGAAGAAGAUUCUAAUCUCUUCGCGUUGUUUAGCUCUUGAGAGAGGGAAUUAGCGAAGAGUGAUGCGAUCUUCUUCAGGCGGUGUCUGAUUCGUUUUUUCGAGCUGGUUGGGAGGACAUAUAGACUUAGAGAUGAUGGGUUUCGCGAUUUCGGAUGAAUUUCUGGGUACAUUCGUGCCGAUUCUGGUGUAUUGGUUGUAUUCGGGGAUGUACAUUUGCUUAGGAUCUUUGGAGAGAUAUAGAUUGCAUUCGAAGAUAGACGAGGAUGAGAAGAAUCUCGUUACCAAAUCUGCCGUGGUCAAGGGCGUCCUUCUUCAGCAGACUCUACAGGCCAUUAUCUCGGUUAUUCUCUUCAAGAUAACAGGAAGUGAUGCAGAUGCUGAUACGACGCAGAAAUUCUCCCUUCUCCUUCUGACUAGGCAAUUCAUCAUCGCCAUGCUCGUAAUUGACACUUGGCAAUACUUCAUUCACCGCUAUAUGCACCUGAACAAGUUCUUAUACAAGCACAUCCACUCUCAACAUCAUCGCCUUAUCGUGCCUUACGCAUAUGGAGCUCUAUACAACCAUCCGUUAGAAGGUCUUCUCUUGGACACCAUUGGUGGUGCUUUGUCUUUCCUCUUCUCUGGAAUGUCCCCAAGAACCGCCAUUUUCUUCUUCUCCUUCGCUACCAUCAAGACAGUAGAUGAUCACUGUGGGCUAUGGCUCCCGGGAAAUCCAUUUCACAUCUUCUUCAGUAAUAACUCUGCUUACCAUGACGUUCACCACCAACUCUAUGGAAGCAAAUACAAUUUCUCGCAGCCAUUCUUUGUCAUGUGGGAUAGGAUUCUCGGUACUUACUUGCCUUACUCACUUGAGAAGAGAGCCACUGGAGGAUUUGAAACACGGCCAAUCAAAGUAUCCAAAGACGAGUAACUCUUUUCUUUCUUUUCUUUUGGGAAGAAUCACUGCUAAGUUCCUUUAUCAUUUGCUCGCUAGAGAACCACUGUAACCUCUGUGUACUUGUUGUAACUGUACAUACAAUUCCAAUUUCUACAUUUUCGAAUCUGCGGGCAUAUCUUUCCGUGUAAGCUAGCAGUAAAUUCAUUUUGUAAUAGCCAAACCUUCAGUUCUUCUCUGUCGUUAUGAUCUGCUUGUAUUUUCAGAUUUCAAGACCUGUGACUCUCUCAUUCA